AGCACUCGGUCGACACGUCGAUUAUGCUGCGGAAAUCCUCGCCCGUCAACACCGUUCUUUCCUAUUCUCUAUCUCCAUGUCUGGCUCUUGCGCGCGUUUGUUCCGAUGGGACCGCGCAGGCUGCAUUGUGACUGAGUCCUUCGAUAUUCGCGAGCACCCUGAGAUUCUAUGCGAAUUCUUAUGGCGAUUCUCGCAGACGUCAGACGUAGGCCGUGGCCACGACGUGACCGUCGAGGUGGCGACACCCGAAGAGGAACUACACUUCAAGGACGCAGUCAGAGGCCACGUACAACUUCAGCUCUCUAUUGAAGGCGAAGCGCUCGAAAAGGCGAUAUUAGAGCAUUAUGCCCCGGGUCAUGUUGCCGCUAUUCACGUACUACCUCAGGACUGUACUUCCGCGCCAGACAACAUACGUCGAUUCAUUGUCUCACGUCCCGUAGUCGCCCCGCUCUACUUGGCUGGCCGAGGUACAAGAGGGUACUGGGCGAUGGAUACCUCCGAUCGUCGUGUCGUGUUCAUCAAGGAUACAUGGCGCAAUUGUGAAACAAUGCCAGGUCGGGAAGGCGAUCUCCUCCGCCACUUGCACGAUCAAGGCGUACACUAUAUACCUUCCGUCGUCUGCCACGGUGAUGUGCCAGACUGCUUUCCGGAAGAGCCUCGGCUCAUUGCUAGCAAUGAAUACCAUGUCACUGCCACCGAUGAAUUCAGGACGCAUCCUUGGGUCUGUCAGGUCGCAGGUCAAAUGGUAACCGUAUACAAGCAGGCGCAUUACCGAGUCGUUCUUGGGACCGUUGGAUAUGGUCUGCGAAAUUUUCGGGACACUGAAGAAUUAUUGCACUCGACGUAUGACGUUUUCACAGCAAUGAGGGAAGCAUCAACAAAGGCCUCUCGCAUCCACAGAGAUAUCAGUCUCGGAAACAUAGUGCUUGUCAGGGAGCCUGGCCGCACAAUCCGUAGAGGCUACCUCAUAGACUGGGAGUCGUCAUCCGAGGUCGAUGAAUCUGGGCAGGCACUCAUCCCCGGACGCUCCGGAACAUGGCUGUUCAUGUCGCAGAGAAUGCUUUCGCAUGUGAACGCAUAUGCAAGGCAAACGCUCGCAGACGACAUGGAAUCAUUGCUCUAUGUUAUCCUAUACCCUGCUCUGCGCUGGCUACCUCACGAUUACUCCGAUUACGAGCUGCCAGAUCUACUACAGCGCUUCUUCGAAGCUCGGACGGAGAUCCGAGGCAUAUCUCAUGGAGGUAACCAUAAACUAGCCAAUGCGGUGUGCCGAGCGACGACAAGGGAGAUUGACUUCAAGGACGCCUCAUUUCAAGAGUGGCUGAACACUGUAAUGGAUUAUCACUCUCCACCCGAGCCGCUUGAGGAAGCUUACGCAGGAAGGUGGUCGGAUCCGUCUCACCUUGACAGAUACUGGUCUGAAUUCCUACAGACACACCAGUUGGCACGUAAUGACCGCCUAUCAACACGCUCAAGAGCAAGCUCUUCCCCUAACUCUGUCACUUCCACCGUAAAUGAGGAGGAUCGCGACGCUAGCUCAAUUCCCAGCUCGUUGGGCAAACGCCGCGAGGCUCCCAAUCCUCCCUCUGUCUUGUCAGAGCAAUUGCCUAAGCGUACACGCAGGGCUUCUGCACGUCGACCUCAGCAAGACUUGGAGGCCUCGGCUCCGAGGCGCAGUCUGCGCAAACGCCAAUCCGCGACCUCCGCGCAAGGGGUCGCUACGAAUGAUCAUGCUCCUCUGCGGCAGCGUCUUCGCAGGCGCAGUGCGCCUGCGCCUACGCAUGGCAAGCAGGAUGUCAUUCCAAACGACGCCCCUUCGCGAGGUUCGCGUAGACGAGCGUAGUUUUAGAUUGCAUGGCGAAUGGUCUGAUCACCAGUGUUCCCGUGCAUUAGUGCAAACCUUGCGGAAAUACAGGUCUCAGGCGUUUGUAUGGUGAUCAGAGACCUUCGUGACCUCACCUGGAACUAGAUCACGU